ACAUAAUUAACAGUAUGAGCAUUUUAGAAACGGAAAUGCUACUCUGAUAUUCAUUCAAUGUGGUUUGACGUUAAACAAUUUUGUUUAGUCUUUAAACUGAAAUAUCUUCACUUAAACAUUUAGUUAUAUUUCCUACAGUUUAAAAUCUACUAAUGUAUUUUACGUCGAUUUUAGCUAGAAUUUACUGUGAUCUGAAACUCUUUAUACAAAAAAAAAACUAGUCAUAGUUCUUGAAAUACAUUUGAGAGCUUUGAUGACAAAAUUUGUAUGACCAAUUUAACGCCUUAAAUUAAUGAAAAAGAUUCGAUUUUAUGUAAAGCGAUUAAACGUUAAAAUCAAAAUCGCUGCGUACUAAUUUACCUACCCCAAGUUAAAAACAAAAACAGAAAACAAUAGAAGAUAUAAAUUAAAACGUUACAAAGACAGUUGUUGUCGGAUGUGGGUUAACGUUUAUUUACAUAAAUUUUUUUCGUUAUUUUCAGUGUGUUAGAAUAGUUUUACAUGAAAGUGAAAAGAUGAAUACAAGUUGUUUAUGAAAGUUGUGAACAGUAUUAUUUUUCAUCCAAAUUAGUUUUAUCUUAAUAUAUUUCAAUUUAUUCCCAAAGACGUGUAUGUCUUGAAAACAUGGAUGCAUACAAAUCGUUUUUAGUAGAUUUUUUAGCCGGUGGAAUAUCUGCUGCUGUUUCAAAAACUGCAGUUGCACCGUUAGAAAGAGUGAAGUUAUUACUUCAGGUACAACAUACUUCAAAACAAAUAAGACCUGAAGACCGAUAUAAGGGUAUGGUGGACGCGUUUAUACGUAUACCUAGAGAAACUGGUUUCCUUAGUUACUGGAGAGGCAAUCUAGCUAAUGUAAUUCGAUAUUUUCCAACACAAGCUUUAAAUUUUGCGUUUAAAGACAAAUUCAAAGUUUUAUUCUUGGAAGGUGUUCCAAAAGAUGCAUUUUGGAAACAAUUUGCUGGAAAUUUGGCAUCUGGUGGUGCUGCUGGAGCAACAUCUCUUUUAUUUGUUUAUCCACUUGAUUUCGCACGUACAAGAUUAGCAGCAGAUAUCGGAAAAGGUGACAAACGAGAAUUUAAAGGUUUAGGUGACUGUUUGGUAAAAAUAUUUAAGACAGAUGGUUUAAUGGGAUUGUAUCGUGGUUUCAACGUAAGUGUUCAGGGGAUCGUUAUUUAUAGAGCAGCAUAUUUUGGUUUUUACGACACUACUAAAGGCAUGCUUCCAGAUCCAAAGAACACUCCACUACACAUUAACUUUUUAAUUGCCCAAGUAGUAACAACAAUAGCUGGAAUUGUAUCGUAUCCUUUUGAUACUGUUAGAAGACGCAUGAUGAUGCAAUCGGGGCGCAGUAAAGCGGAAGUAAUGUAUAAAAACACAUUGGACUGUUGGGUAAAAACAGCCAAAGCAGAAGGUGUUGGGGCUUUUUUUAAAGGGUCACUUUCAAAUAUUCUUAGAGGUACUGGAGGAGCAUUAGUUUUAACAUUGUAUGAUAUAAUUAAAGAAACGAUUGAUAACGCGCUCAAAACAACAAAUUCAAAACCUUCGGAAUAAUAUUUUUAAAUUUAUUGUAAUUCUAAAAUAACUUGUAGGAUCAAAUAAAAUUUAGUGACAACUA